AUGUUUGCUAAUGCGGCUGCAAAGUACGGGCUGGAAGACAGUUUGGAGACACAUCAAAAGUCCAGAGGGAGGAGGGAAACUACAAGUGUGGAGGAGUUGUUUAGCUGUCAACACGGCUGCCGUCUGGAAGGGGGAUGGUUACCAUGGCUGGGGAAGAGAGGAGGAAAUGCCUGGGAUGUUGACAAGGCAAUGGAAAUGCCCGGGCCCCUCACAAUGACUGCUGCAGAAAUCCCCUCUGGAAGUGUGUGUGCGGCGCAGGCUGGAGCCGAAGAUGAAGUGUGUAAUGGAAUAAGGGCCGUGGUACACCUCCGUCAUGUCUCAUUAGAGCCCGUGGAGGAUGCGGGGGAGUGGGGGGAUAUAGACGGCUGUGUCCCCCUGACGCUGGUGGUCUGCAAGACGAGCUGUGACUAG